AUGGCCUCCCCCGACCUGCUCUUCAAUCUGCGGAACCUCUUCUACCUGGGCGCCUACCAGGCGGCCAUCAACAACAGCGACGUCCCGGGCCUCGACGCCGACGCCGCCGCCGAGCGCGACGCCAUCGUCUUCCGCUCCUACAUCGCCCUCGGCUCCUACCAGCUGGUGAUCAGCGAGAUCGACUCGUCGGCCGCGACCUCGCUGCAGGCUGUGAAGCUGCUCGCGCUGUAUCUCACCGGAGACAAGGAAGGUGCUAUCUCCAGUCUCAAGGAAUGGUUGAGCGAUUCAGCAAUUGGAAGCAAUCCUGUUUUGCGAUUGAUUGCUGGAAUUAUAUUUAUGCAUGAGCAGGACUACAAUGAGGCUCUCAAGCACACACACUCUGGAGGAACUCUGGAUUUGCAUGCAUUGAAUGUCCAGAUCUUCAUCAAGAUGCAUCGUUCAGACUAUGCUGAGAAGCAGUUGAAGAUCAUGCAACAAAUUGAUGAAGACCAUACACUGACACAACUUGCAAACGCAUGGCUUGGCAUUGCUGUUGGUGGCUCUAAGAUCCGUGAAGCUUAUCUCAUAUUCCAAGACUUCGCUGAAAAGUACCCAAUGACAGGGAUGGUUCUAAAUGGGAAGGCAGUCUGCUGUAUGCACAUGGGAAGCUUUGAGGAGGCCGAGACUCUAUUGCUUGAAGCGCUGAACAAGGAUGCAAAGGAUCCUGAAACUCUUGCCAAUCUAAUUGUAUGCAAUCUCCACCUUGGCAAACCAUCAUCACGAUUCCUCAGCCAGCUGAAGCUAUCGCAUCCUGAUCAUGUGCUCGUUAAGAACGCAGCAUCAUCAGAAGCGACCUUCGAGAGGGCCCUCCAAGCCGUCGCUUGA